CACGCUAUUGGUUUAUCUAAAAAAGUGAUUGCCUUCUGUAAAUACACUUUUGGAAAGCUUCCUCGUUAAGUAUUUUAUUUUAAUGUCUUAAGGAGCGAUGUAUAAUUACUGCAAUUAGACUUAAGCGUUUGAGGAAAAUUUAAAAGUGCCCGAAGUGAUUCAAGUGUCAAGGUCGUUAUUUGUUUGGGCAUUCCUGCAAUGCGUGUGACUUUAUGUUAGGCUUUAGCGACCGCAGAAUAAAUACUUUCAAGUAAAAUAUGUCAGGUGAAUCGGAGAAUGGUGCGUCUUCUGAGGUCAAGCAAACCGAAACCGACGACAGUAAAAGUGAUAGUACACAACCUGAUGAAAAGGUUAUGACCGAAGUAGCGGACAGUAAAGAAGUGACCCCGAAACCGAAUGAAAAUUCUGUUGAAUUGGAGAAAGAGAACAGCGAUAAUAAAGAAACUGAUGCCAAGUCUGAGGACGAGACUGUAAAGGAAAAUGAUAAUGAUGAAAAAGUCGAGGACAAGAAGGAUAUCAAAAGUAGUAGUCCACCAUUGGAGGAUGAAAAAGAUGAAACAAAUGAUGAGGAUAAACCGGAUACAAAAUCAGAGUCGCCUGUAGAAAAAUCAGGUCGAGAUAAAAAGAAGGCCAAUCAAGUUACGGACGAAGCCAACUCUGCAGAUUCAAAAGAGUCACAAAUCGACAUACCCGAAGGUAGAGGGACGCAGUUAGGCGACAUACCUCGCAUCGACGCCUCCAUAUCUAGAUUUAAAAAUGAAGACUUGAAACUUUUACAUCGCCUAUUAUUCAAAACGCCCGGCAAAACUACCCUAAUUAAGAAGAACAUCAAAAAGUUUAACGGUUUUGAUUUUGCCAAAAAUACGGACGAGUACGACAAGAAGAUAGCUUCCGCAAAAAAGUUCGAAUUAAAGCAGCUAAAAAGUAUUUGUGAAAUGUUAGACUUAGAUAAAAAAGGUGCGAAAGACGAAAUUAUCGAGCGAGUUGUUGAUUUCUUAGUAGAGCCUAAGGAUUCGGGGAAAUCUGUCGGCGGAGGAAGACCAAAACGAACAGCUGCUGUUCGGGCAAAUAAUCGAGGCUAUUCAUCUCACGAUGACUCAUAUUCAAGUGACGAGAGACGCGUUUCCAGAGGAGGCCGUGGUAAAGGUAGACGCACAAAUUUGAAAGACGACACGACGAGUGAAAGCGACGAAGAAUUUCAUCCCUCAGACGCGAGCGAUACAAAGUCUCGCGGUUCCAAACGUAAAAAAGGGACUGGACGUAAGAAGCAGAACUCAGACGAAGAAGAAGACGAAGUGAGUGCUGUUGACGAAAGUAUAACGUCAGAAGAUAGCGAUGAGGAGCCAAGGAAACGUAAAAAGAACAAGAAGAUUGUCACACCUGUCAGCAGUAAAGGUCGAGGGAGACCUAAAGGUAGGGGGCGUAAACCGGUAGUUGAAACGGAAAAGAAACCGAUCCCCGCUAAGAAAGUUAGUAAUAAGAAAAGGAAAGCGAGUUCGGAGAGUGAGGCCGAAGAUGGAAAUACCAGCUCAUCUGAGGAUGAACCUCUAAUUAAAAAAGCCAAAAGUUCUCAGCCUCCGACGGAUGAGGAAAUCCGGAAAUAUGUGAAAGAAAUUCUAGAUGGUGCAAAUCUGGAAGAAAUUACGAUGAAAACCGUUUGCAAACAGGUAUAUGCACAUUAUCCAGAUUUUGAUUUGGCCCACAAAAAGGAAUUUAUUAAAGAAACUGUUAAAUCGUUGAUAUCCACAUGAAUACAUUAAAUGUGUAUUGUGAAAAAAUGUCUAAAUGUGUGGAGUACAAAAAUACAAAUUAUUUUCUAUUUUGUACUAUUCAAUUAUUGGUAGUAAUUAAAUACUUGCAUUUCAUAAAUUUAUUUCUCGCAAUUUGUUGUAAAGUUUCUGUAAAUUAAAAUAACUUUCAUUUUGGA